AUGGAUGCAUCCAGGCUGACACCCAGGUACUUUACCUUUCUGGCCCAGGGUAUAGGUUGGCCGAAGAGGGUGAUCGGGCGUAUGACCCCCUACCAACAUCGACAGUGGAGGAGGUGGUUAUGGACUAAAGGAAAGGCAGGGAGUGAUGUCAAGGUGAUACUUCUAUGCGACGUGCACAGGAAUCUGCAUAUGGUGUUCGUUGAUCUAGAGAAAGCGUACGACCGAGUACCUAGAGCAGUUUUGUGGUGGGCAUUGAAUGAGAAAGGUAUACCUGGUAAGUAUGUGAGGUUAAUCUGUGCCAUGUACAGUCGAGCCAGGACGUAUGUACGAACCGCCGCGGGGAAUUCCGACGAGUUCAAUGUGGCAGUGGGCUUACACCAAGGGUCUGCACUAAGUCCCUAUCUCUUCCUGCUUGUGAUGGAUGCCUUGACAUCGGAGAUACAGGAAGAGCCCCCUUGGUGUAUGCUGUUUGCCGAUGACAUAGUGCUCGUCGGAGAAAACGGGCUCGAGGUCCAAAACAUACUGGAGAAAUGGCGAUGCAAGUUCGAGAGUGUUGGCCUAAAAAUCAGCAGAUCGAAAACCGAACAUCUGUUCUGUGAUUUUGGCGGUCUCUCCAAUUUUGCACCCAUUUCCCUCGACGGAACACCUUUGCCAGUAUGUCAAGACUUCCGCUACCUAGGGUCUGUUAUCCAAAGCGACGGUGAACUGGAUCGUACUGUCAGGCACAGAAUUGACGCAGGAUGGAUGAAAUGGCGGCAGAGGCAAAAGUUCAAUUCUGAUGACCACGAUUCCAAAAUGUACAUUCCAAAAUUUUCAAUUUGUAUAUUGUAG